UUCUUGUUUGAUCCUAUUACCAUCACACCAUGGCAGCCUCCAAUGAUCAAACUAGUAAAAAGUAUAUGGUGCUGAAACCUGAUGAAGCAAGCCUUAUAGGCCUCAUUCGUUUCCUAAUUUCUGGUAACAUAGAGAGCAAACAAUUCAUCGAGUGCCUCAGGGUGAAGAAGACGAGCCUCAAGCAUAGAGUGUAUAUCUUUUUCUCAAUUUUCAUUCAAAAUGUUCUCCAGUUCGCAGCAAAGCCCUUGUCUGUUUUUGGUUCAAUCUUUGAGUUGUGGCUAAAUCUUCUUGCAUGUAAUGGAAACUUCUGUCUUUUCCUACUGAAUCUUUUGCGAGGGAAGGUGGUGGUGCCAGCAGAAGGAUCAGCUGGCUUUAUGUCAUUUCUAGGGCAUUUUGACAGAAGAGUAGAAUUGGAUAAGAACAUCAAGCCAGGUGACAAAAAAUAUUUUGCAGAGCUGUCUGUAAUGGCUUCUAAAAUUGCAUAUGAAAAUAAAGCAUUCAUCAAAGCUGUCGUUGAAGAUAAAUGGAAGAUGGAGUUAAUAGGGGAAUAUGACUUCUGGAAUGAGUAUCAACAGAAAUAUUCAACACAAGGGCUCAUAAUCCAUGAUAAAACAGCUAAUCCUGAUAUGAUCAUUGUGGCCUUUAGAGGAACCGAACUCUUCAAUGCAGAUGAUUGGCGUACAGACUUUGACUUAUCUUGGUACAAGUUCCAGAGUAUGGGAAAAGUCCAUAGUGGCUUCAUCAAAGCUCUAGGAUUACAGAACGAUCAAAGUUGGCCUCCUACAAUUGACCAUGAUAAUAAAAAACCGAUAGCUUACUAUACCAUCAAAGAGAAGCUCAGGAAACUUCUUCAUCCCCACAGUCGGACCAAAUUUAUUCUAACUGGACACAGCUUAGGAGGAGCACUUGCUAUCCUCUUUCCGGCAGUUCUGGCAUUGCAUGAUGAGACUUGUAUAUUGGAAAGACUGGAGGCAAUCUACACGUUUGGGCAGCCAAGAGUGGGAGAUGUGAAAUUUGGAGACUUUGUCAAGGAGCAGCUUAAGAGCUAUGAUAUAAAAUACUACAGAUUUGUGUAUAAUCAUGACAUUGUGCCCACGCUUCCCUAUGAUGAUGACACAACACUAUUGUUUAGACACUUUGGAACAUGCCUUUUCUAUAACAGCCUGUAUGAAGGAAAGAUAUUUCCGCAAGAACCACAUAAAAACUACUUCUCCAUCCGUGCGUUCAUAACAAAAAGGCUUGAUGCCCUUUGGGAACUUGUAAGAAGCUUUCUUCUUCCCCAUAUAUAUGGACCAGAAUACAGAGAAGGCCUGCUGCUACUAGUAUGUAGAUUGUUUGGUCUCCUAGUUCCUGGUUUUCCAGCACAUGGAAUCCAGGAGUAUAUCAAUGCAGUCCGGCUGGGAACUGCUGAGUUUUGGAGAUGCAAGGAGGGGAUCACGGGUGGUGCAAAUAAAUGUUUUUGUUCACAAUGACAAAUGCCAGUUGUAAAUUUAGGCCAAUAUACAGUGGAAACUAAUGAAAGUAAUGUAGUCAAUUAUUGAUUUGAUCAGUAUCCUGGAACAGAAACAAUGCUCUGUGAAAUUCAAGCAUGUUGAUUUCAAGUGGAAAGAAACAAAAUUUUAUAUGUGGAUUGAAAGGCCUUGUUAUGAA